AUGGACCCGCAGUGGCAGGCCUAUGCUGAUGCCACUUCUGGCCGUCCAGGCCAAUUUAACAAUGGCCUUGGAGGAGGUCACGCCCAUCAGCUGACGCAGAAAUACCCAGCUGUGAAUCCUGGCAAUGGAACGCAAUCUCAACAGCAUCAAGCCCAAGCCCCAACCGGAUAUACAUACGAGUCAUACCAAACACCAGGAACAGCACCUAAGGCACCCUCGGGUAAUUUAACGACAUCAAAAACCGUGUCAAUGACCUCGUCUCCAGCUCCUCUCGUCACUGACGACUUCAGAGAUACGGAUGUUACUAUGGAAGAUGCCGACCCUUACAACCGUACUAAAUACCCUACCAGACCGACUCAUCAUCAUCACAGUUCUUUACAACUUCUCUCGAGUGAAGAAUCCUCUGCUGCGCGCAGAUAUUCCCCCAUGAACGUGAUCACUCCCUCAGUGCCUUACAAUUCUAGCCCCAAUACCUCGCAAAAUCCAUACACCUACCAUCCAGCAGGGUCGUCGAACAAUCGACCGUCACCAACGAGAGCAAGCACAUUUUCUUCUCCGCCCCAAAAUUACCAAUCUCAAUCUUCUGGAACUUCACGUCAGCAAUCUCGUUUACCUGCGGUCCAGCCAGCGGAAAUGAGUUCCGAACAAUAUUACCCGCAAUCUGCGACUUCUCAGCUAGGUGCUGCGUUUAGCCAAGAUUUGAAUUUACAUAGAGGACAGUCCCAACAACACAUGUCGCAACAGCAACAACAGCAGCACAAAAGGGGUCCAGUACCGAGGUUUGUGAAGAUUAAGUCUACACAGGAAUUAAAACCAAGGAUAAAUGCUCAACCAGCGUUCCGGCGCGCCAAUCCUGAGGGAGGAUUCAUCAGUCCUUUACAAGCUCUAACGACACAUUUACCCUCGAGCUAUCGAAUAUGUAACCCGUCAUUUAAAUACGAAUCUUCGAGGAAUCCCCGUCGGGUCUUAACCAAACCCAGUAAAGGCGUCAAAAAUGAUGGUUAUGAUAAUGAUGACAGUGAUUAUAUCCUAUAUGUCAAUGAUAUUCUUGGGAGUGAGGAAGCCAACCAUAAGAAUCGAUAUCUUAUUUUGGAUGUUCUAGGCCAGGGGACAUUUGGUCAAGUUGUGAAAUGCCAAAAUCUCAAGACGCAAGAGGUUGUGGCGGUCAAAGUUGUGAAAAACAGAACAGCAUACUUCAACCAGAGCAUGAUGGAAGUGUCGGUUUUGGAUCUAAUCAAUAGCAAACUUGAUAAGAACGAUGACCACCAUCUUCUCCGCCUAAGGGAUACCUUUAUCCAUCGACAACAUCUCUGCUUAGUGUUCGAGCUGCUCAGCGUGAAUUUGUAUGAGCUUAUCAAACAGAAUCAAUUCCGUGGUCUUAGCACGACCCUUGUGCGGGUAUUUACACAGCAAUUACUCAAUGGCCUCUCACUCCUGAACAAAGCUCGACUAAUACACUGCGAUCUAAAACCCGAAAAUAUAUUGUUGAAAAAUCUCGAAAGUCCGAUAAUUAAAAUUAUCGACUUCGGAUCAGCAUGCGAUGAGAGACAAACAGUGUACACAUACAUUCAAUCGAGAUUUUAUCGCUCGCCCGAGGUGCUUCUAGGACUACCGUAUUCGUCCGCUAUUGAUAUGUGGUCAUUAGGUUGUAUCGUCGUUGAGCUUUUCCUGGGCCUUCCAUUGUUCCCCGGGUCUUCUGAGUACAACCAAGUAUCUCGGAUCACAGAAAUGCUAGGAAUGCCUCCGAAUUGGAUGCUUGAGAUGGGAAAGCAAGCCGGGGAGUUUUUUGAAAAAACGCAGGACGAAUUUGGUCGUCGAAGUUAUAGACUGAAAAGCAUGGAGCAGUAUUCCCGCGAACACAACACGAAAGAGCAACCAAGCAAAAAGUAUUUCCAGGCAACGACAUUGCCGGAAAUUAUCCGAAGCUACUCAAUGCCGAGGAAAAAUAUGAAGCAGGCGGAGAUUGAUAGAGAAAUGAAUAACCGCGUCGCAUUUAUCGAUUUCGUUCGCGGACUUUUGAACAUAAACCCCCUUGAGAGAUGGUCACCUCAACAAGCAAAACUUCACCCCUUCAUAACGCAACAAAAGUACACACAACCUUUCGUACCUCCAAUGAACCUUAAGUCCUCAGCAUUGAACAAGACAGUUGCCCCUGGUGUACAACAACAACAACAAGCAGAAGCUGCCAGCAAGCAGCGUGCCGCACAGGCCCAAGCUCAAGCCCAGUCUGCCGCGCAAGCACAAUCCUACGCUCUCCAGAUGAACAACCAUUUCCAGCAACCUACACACGGCCAGCCAGCCACAGUAUACAAUAGCAUGUACACUCCACAUCAACAAGGCGCACCCCCACCCUAUCCCUCCCAGCCCAGUGCAUAUAGCCAUCAAAUGCCAAUAAUGCAACAAGCUAGCCACAUCCCACAGCAACAAUUUAACGCCUCACAAAGCCUUUACGCGCAAGCUACCACCCGAGCUGGGCGCCAACGGGCCUCGACCAUGGACCAGCAACAAGGUGGUAUACCCCCGUCAAUCCAAAGAGUCGCAAGCCAUCUUGAUCCCAACGCCCCGAUCCGAUUACAGCCUAGUCCAGCCUACUACCCGCCACCCGCUGACGGGUAUGUUGGCGAUUCUUCUGCCGCUGCCGCGGUGGCAGGACGGCGGAGGGGAAGUCGUACUACUGCCAGUGGGGCCCAUGGAAGGAGUAAUAGAGAUUUCAUCCGGACACUUGAGGAUGGGGCGAUGGGGGAUGGGUUUAUGGGGCAAAAUCAGUGGCAUUGA